GGGUCUUUAAAAUCGAUUUCAGAGUUAGACCAGGAGGUUCACCAAAGCCUAACCUAAACUUAAACCUAACAUUAAGUUAAGAUUUGUUAUGAGUUGAUUUUAUUAACUUAGUUUAUGUGAUCAGUAUGAAAGUACCACUGUCAAACUUGCUAAAUUAUUUUAUGAAACAUGGGAGAUAAAGAACAUCAUGUGCACUUUAGCGGCGGAUGCGGACUUGGAAAAGACAACAAUAUUAUGAUACAGCCACAGAGACAUGGCCACAUUGAUGCUCACUUAGGAUUUUUGCAAUUGCAUCAUAGAUAUCACAUAGAAUUCUCUGUGCCAUGGAACACAUGUAUCCAUCCAGAAAGAAAAAUAGUAGCCCCGGCAAUAAUUGCAGGAAACCACAAUGCAAACUGUUACAUUGUCCUUUUGACACAAGAGAAAGACAGUUUAAGAUUGAAGAUAGAGCUGCUAGCAUAUAAAGAAAAAAUAUUAAAGGAGGAAGUCGAAAUAAUGUGUUGUCUAUCUGGUACGCCAUUGAAAAUUGUAUUAAACGCACGUGUUUUAGCAAAGGAUAAGGGCACACCAUUAUUAAGAAAUGGCAUACGUAGCAUUGGUAUAGAAGGAGUAGACGAAGACGAAGUUUCUGAAUAAAUCUGCUUGCUAUCGAGCCUUCAAUGAUAUUUAGGCGUUAAGCUUUGCCGAGUAUUAAAAGUACAAACGAAUAAUCGGCGGAAUUAGCAUUCCAGAAUAGAGCGGAUAAUACAAUUGUGAAAGAAAAUGUUCAAGAAAAUGUUUCGCAAGAUAAAAUAAUCUGCCUACUGUUGCUCUUUUUAAGCGUACGUCACGCGCAAAAUGCCUACAAAAGCUAUGACACUUAUCGUCUGCUAAUUAUAUAUCCGCAGGUUAUAACAAGUAAAUUGUAUUUUAUCGUUUUAUAUCAACUGUCAAUUUUCAACGAAACUUUCGCUAAAUGAACACAAGGAAUUCCGGUUGGACCGUCUACAAAUUCGCAAAUGUUAAAACCUAAUUUUGCUAACGGAUGACAGUUACUGCUGGGAUUGCCCCAUUUGCCUUUAAAAGUCAUCCAGCCUGGUAAAGGCUCGUUGUCUUCUUCCAAGAGUAAUUCUAAUUUUUUCCAUGUCGGCCAGGCAGUCCCGAAUCCGCUUUCAUCAUAUAGACGUGGAACACGUACAAAUUUGUGUUUUCCCGGAGCUGUCCAGAGCCCAUGAGAGCCGCGCGCACUGAAUAAAAUCGGAUGCGAGCCAUUGGCGGUAUAAACUUUUUCAGGAAAAAUCGGCUUUUGGAAGAGACCUUUUCUAGUUUCCUGACUUUCAUAAACAAAAGUGCCAUUUCGUGGAUCAUAUCGAUAAAAUGCACCGGCGUCAUGGGCUGAUACAUACAUCGCCAGAGGAUACUCGUUAUCCUAAAAAU